GGAAAGUGGAAGCUUUGUCAAAUUGCAAUUUCUCGACUUCGAAACUAAACCUAAACAGAGUUACUGGUUCCCUCCCAGGUUCGUGCUUCAGCUCCAAGGUUUUCUAGCCUGCUCUUUUGCUCCAAGUCAGUGUUAUUUAUUAGCAAUGGCAGAUGAAGAACCCGUUGACCAGAAGAGGUAUCUUGAAGAUGCUUGCAAGCCCAAGUGUGUGAAACCACUACUUGAAUACCAGGCAUGCGUGAAGAGAAUCCAAGGGGACGACAGUGGCAAUAAGCAUUGCACUGGACAAUAUUUUGAUUACUGGUCUUGCGUCGACAAAUGUGUUGCACCAAAACUAUUUACAAAAAUAAAGUAAAUGGAGAGUUAGGCAUGUGGGGGUUCCUAUCCUUUUGGUUGCAGCAGCAUUUUUCUGAUUUUUUAUGCAAUCUCUUUUUGUGUACUUCCAUCUUUGCAUCUACAAAAAAUGCCAAGAACUUUGCAAGAACUAUGAAGACCUUAGCCAUCAUCAAUAAGAAAGGACGUUGGAUUGUAUGAACACACUUCUUCCCUUAAUUUAAUUUUAUGAUUGCUUUAUUAACAUUAAAUGGCUGUGCUGUUUAUCCCACAUUGAAUGCUGUUUAUCAAAUGGCUGUGCUGUUUGAUGUUUUCAAAUAAUUGAAUGAUCGGUAUGAUCCUAUUUCUGUUGCUGGUUCCAA